AUGUCAACCCCUUUCAAUCCCACCAACCCCAAACCGUUUCUGCAAGAACUCACAGGCAAGUCCGUCAUUGUCCACCUCAAGUGGGGCAAGACCGAGUACCAGGGCACACUUGUUUCCGUCGACAGUUAUAUGAACCUGCAGCUGGAGGAUGCAGUGGAGUAUGUCGACCAGGAGAACAAGGGCGAGCUAGGCGACGUUUUCAUCAGAUGCAACAACGUACUGUGGAUCGGAGAGAACGGGGUAAAGGAGGAGACCAAGAGCGCAACCGCAGAGGUGACCGAAGAGGUCAAGGAGGACGUUGAGAUGGCUUAA